AUGACCAUUCCGGUAGCAACGGAUCCUAUGCUGAUAGUCUGCGUACAACAUGCUUGCGGUCUUUUCGCAGCCAUAGGAUAUCAAUUGGAAAAUAUGAACCGGAAUGACAAUAUCGAUGUUAACGUUUACCCGCUAAUCGAAGACGAUGAACAUUACCGUAUAAUUUGUGACAGCAUCGCGAAACACAGAGAAAUUUUACAGUUUACUAAAUCAUUGGCAUCUUCAUACAGCACGACUUUCCUCGUUUUGACAAUAUUAAACGUGGCAAUUGUAACAUUCAGCGGAGUACAGACAGUGACCAAUCUAGAUCGGCCGACGGAGGCAUUCAGAUUUGCAGUGACGGGUGUCUGUCUAAUGAUGCAUUUUCUCUUUCUCAGUCUACCGGGCCAGAAAUUGAUAGAUCACAGUUCCAGCAUGCAUCAAGCCAUUUAUGCAGGAGAAUGGUAUGAAUCACCAUCGAAAUCGAAAAAACUCUUAAAUAUGAUAAUGUUGAGGAGUACUAUACCUUGUACGUUGACUGUAGGAAAAAUCAUGGUCCUUUCUCUUCCGAGUUUUAGCGCGAAUUCGCAAUAUAAUGUCAUUCGAAUACUAUUAAGUAUCGCCGGUCUCUGGCCCUAUCAUUCAGCAGUCAGACGUUAUGUGACAUAUGUUGUAACGGCAUUGAUACUCGGAUCCGGAUUUACAUUUCAGAUAAUGGGUGUUAUAAAAGUUUGGGAAAAUACUUUGGAAGUAGUUGACUCUCUGCCGUUGUUACUUUUUGCUGUAGCGAACAUAUUUAAAUUGAUCGCUCUGGUGAUUAAAUUACCCAAGAUAAAAUUACUUUUAAUAAAAAUACAAGAGUACUGUGUUUCGUCAAAGUCGGAUGGAGAAUAUAAAAUACAACAGUCACAUGCAACGUAUGGACGAAACUUUGGCAUUGUUUAUAUAAGUAUCAUACUUUUUCAUGACAUCUUGCUCGUAAUUACAACAGGAAUGGGUGGAUUUACUCGUGCAAGAUACGCAAACAGAACGUCAAAUAGUGGCGUUUUUCCCGGACUACCUUACCGCGUUGAUUACAUGGUUGACAUAGACACGAAUUAUAUGCCAAUUUUUAUACACACGCAUACGUGUCAUAUCGGUUAUAUGGCGCUAAUAAUAAUAUGCGAUACAUUUUAUUUAACAUUGGUGGAAUACUGUUGCGGUUUAUUCGAUGCAUUAAGAUUUCGACUGGAGCACGUAUACGACUUGAAAGACAAAUACAAUGGUUUGUCAAUGUCAUCAGCAAAAAAUAAAUGUUAUUCAAACGUGGCGUACAGCAUUCGGAGACAUGCAGAAGCAAUAGAGUUUGUCGCUAUUUUGGAAUCGGCAUAUAGUGUACCUCUCUUUAUACAUGUAGGAUGUUCCGUAUUAAUAAUGAGUUGUAUAGGAUAUCAGAUUUUAACAUAUUCGGGAAAUCUUAGUCACCUUUUGCACCACAUUAGCUAUUUGAACGGGCUUAUAAUCAAUGUAUUUUUUGAGAAUUGGCAAGGUCAGAAAAUUAUAGAUUCUAGCGAGAAGGUGUUUGACUCCCCAUAUAAUGCAGAAUGGUACAGUAUGCCAAUAGAGACAAGAAAACUUCUUGUGAUAAUAAUUAUGAAAAGUGAAAAACCACUGACACUAAGUGCAGCUAAUAAACUCAUCGUGAUGUCAUACGUGACUUUCAAUGCAAUGAUGCGGAUGUCGAUGUCAUACUUUACGUUAUUACGAUCUAUGCAGUAAAAUGCGUAAUAAACGACAAUUUUAGAUUUACGUUUUAUGAUCCAUCACAUUUCAA